GCCACACUGGACAUCUGUGACCAUGGCAUGGCGGGCGCGGGAGUGGCGAGCGCCGGAGUCGGCGCGGCGAGCGCGGCGAGCGCUGGACGGCUCCCCUCGCCGGGGAAAGCACCUCCAAGCACGCCAGGUCAGGAGGUGCUGGAGCUUCCCGAGUCCCCGGAGCUCGCUCUGCAGACGGCUGGGCGCAUUGCCCCGCUGCCCGCGGAGGAAGCUGCGGAAGCCACUCAGUUCCGCUUUGCUUUAGAGCAAGACGAUCCUUACGAGCGUUUCAUCAAACAGCAGCUGGCCUUGUUGGACGAUGAUCUGCGGAAGCUUCAGUUGGAAGAGCCCUUGGUCCAGGAGCAGCUAAAGGCCUUGGAGGCGCAGCUCCGUUCCAGGAAGCCUCCUUCGGCCCAGGACUCCGGGACGGCCGGUCCAACUCCGCGUGGGCCACGGCGGUUGGGCCAGAUGUCCCCCAAGCAGAUGAGCCCACGCGCCGCUGCUGCCAAUCGCCGAACUGAAGGUGAGGCACGGAGCUUGGCCUUGGAACGUCGGGUGCAACAGCUCAUUGAGCGCCGUGAGCAGCGCGAGAAGUCCCAGAAAGUCACGCCGCCCGCAUCCCAGACAGCCACACCGCGGACGCAACGGGACGUCCUUGGGCGUAGCCAGCACAGCGGCAGUCCAGUGCCGGGCCGCACUGGGGCGGUCUUUGUGCCGCUGGAGGGGCAAAUGUACUUGGAGGGUCCGCAGAGUGUGCUCCACGGCCCGGAAAGUGCACGCUUCCACCUGGACCCCGCUUCCGCGGUGCUGACCGCGCGCCAUUGGAGCCCGGGCCACUGGCGCCCGGAGGUCUCACGCUUCGACCUGGACCCGGUGACCAAUCGCGAGUGGCCGGUGGUAGGCACGCACGUGCCGGAGCCCCACGUACGGCCACAUCUGCCAGGGCAGCUUCCUGCAGCGCCGCAGGAGUCCAGCCGACCUCAUCGGCGGAAGGAGCGAAGCCAAGGGCCAUCGCGCAGUCGCAAGGGCCGCAGCAAGGAGCGAAGUCGGGAGCGAUCCACGGCGUCCAAGGAGCACCGAGACUCUCCCGAUCGCUCCGAAAUGCAACGCUCAGUUGCCUCAAAGGAGAAGAAGCAGAGGGAGGAGGACCGGACGGAAGAUGCUCCAAGAGAACGCUUGGCUGAGAGGAUUGCAAGAGCGGAACAGCUGGUGGGUGGCCGUGAGGAGCUGCUGCGACGGUUUUCCGCCGGCGAUUCACAUGCAGGCGGGAGACGGAAUCGUGGAGACGGACAGCAGGGUGCGAAGAGGGACACUUGAGGCACAUCUAAUUAUAUCAGAGAGAGGGGCCAGCUUACAGCUGGGCCAAAGCCAUUUGAGCAACGUCAUAAACCUCUAUGAAAAAAUUUAGGUAGGACUUCAGAUUAUGAAUCUUUGCAAAAGGAAAACUGCAGUUGGGGAAAGCUUGGCGAAAGGUUUGGAGAAAGGCUCUGAAUUGUUGAUGAAAGGAUUUUGUUGUUAAAGGGUUGGCGAAAGAGGUUUUCAGAUGUUUUCAGUACAAAGCAUGUUAUCCAAAGUCUCCUGAUAACCAGGCGAAAGGUUGGAGAAAGGUUCGCGAAGAUGUGGCGAAAGCAGUGGUUACAGAUUAGGAAUGAUUCCCCUUUGCCGAUACUUUUCUUAGAUGUAAGUAGCAGAAACUCAGCGAAAGGGUUAGCUGUUAGCGAAAGAGGUUGUUGUUGAGUGAAGUGGGUCGGCGAAAGCAAAACACGCAGCCGCGAAAGCGUUGCGAAGGGAUUGGCGAAAGGUUUGUAUCAGUUCGGUUCGAUCGAGCUGUUUAUGGCACUCGCAAGCCAUAGAGUAAGACGGGGGAGACAUCAAUGCUGGCUGCUGUAAUUUACACGUGAAGGUAGCCUGGAGGUCAAGCAACUCAGGAGUUGUCGGGGUCUUUUUUCACUGGGAUGUCUCAGCAUGCGUCCUUCCAAGUCUUGAGUAUAGUUUGAGAUCAGGGUAUUCUACGGGGCAUAGGUAUCAAAAAAAAUAAAAAGAGCAUUAAAAAAAAAAACAGGAUUAAAAAAAAAUAAAAAGCGAAUCAAAAAAAAUAUUCCUUGAUAGGCCUCUUCUGCUGCUCUCCUGGCCUUUUGGUCUGCGGGUCCUCUGGUAAUGUGGUCCCUUGGUCCUUUGGUCCCUUGGUCCUCUGGUCCACUGGUCCUUUGGUCCCCUGGUCCCUUGGUCCUUUAGUCCACUGGUCCCGUAGUCCUCCGGUCUCCUGGUCCUCUGGUCCUGUGGUCCGCUGGUCCCCUGGUAUCCUAGUCCUUCUGUCUCCUGGUCCGCUGGUCUUUUGCUCUCCUACGGCGCUCGUCUGUCGAUCUCCUGGUCCCCUGCUUGCGCAAAUAGAGGCUUGAUUGCUUUCUACUAGAGGCAGCUCCCUGGGAAGAAAGUAGGUACCCAGCGAUAAGGUAGCCGUCCAGUCAUUGAUUAGCCCUACUCGAAAAAUGGUUCACCAGCUUGGUGAAAAAGACCC